ACCCUUUUAUUACACGGAAAUAUUAUAACAACAUUAAAAACGGCGCCACAUUUCUUCCCGAAGGCUGUCAGCAUUUUAUCCCUUGCAGAGAAUGAGAUUGCUGAUAUUAAUGAGGUUUCGUAUUUAUCAUGUUUACCUGAACUACAACAACUUUCUGUGAUGAAUAACCCAUGUGUUCUUAUGACGGCAUCAGUUAUAGGUUUUGAUUACCGACCAUUUAUUGUCAACUGGUGCCCUCUACUGGAGAUAUUAGAUGGAUAUACUGUCACAGAGAAAGAACAGUUAAAGGCAGAAUGGUUAUACAGUCAAGGUAAAGGUCAUCACUUCAAGGUCGGUCAGCAUGUAGAAACUAUACAAUACCUGGCCAGUGUAUGUCCUCUUACAGCAUCUGUACAGCAGCACACAGUUAGUAAGAGAGGAAAAGUUAAGUCUUUGGUCACCAGGUUGGAGUCAGCCGAGGAUGCCAAGUUAAGCCAAAUCUUGUCUAAACAACGUUAUCAUCAGCAACAGUUACAUACCUCCCAACAACAACAUAAUAUAUCACAGCGGUCACCACCACAACAACAACAACAACAGUGGAAUAUACCUGCGAAACAGUCUCCACAAGGUGGAGAUAACUCUAAUGUAACAGAGACUUGUUCUCCUACACAAAAUACACACGGUAGACCAGUGAGGGCUUGGACUGUACAUGCAGAGAAUUCUGUGAGUUCUAUUGCGAGUCAACCAUAUGACAGAUCUGGACAACAUAUCAAUGAUUUAUCUGUACAAGAUGUUACUUCAGAAGAUUAUGAUAAACGUAGUACUUCUAGUUUGUUGGAUUCCGAGUCAACAUACAUUCCAGUAGGAGGAAAGUCACCGGUCACCCCAGCUCGACCUAUGACCGCACCUACUAACAACAUGUUCUCAAGUCCUAUUACACAACAUGUCCUUGACAUUUUGUCACGAGGUGAAAAUCGCCCGGCUACAGCAAUAGGCGAUAAUAAAUAUGACGCUUACGAUAAACGACCAAUAAAACCAAUGAACCAAGAAUUGUAUAAAGGUAUAUUUAAACCAGACUUUCAUGCAUCGCAGCCACAAAUGUCCGGAAAUGAGCCGGUUGUUGGAAUUAAAAAGAAGGUUCCGCCUACGGCCCUUGCUGUGGAUUGUGAUACCAGUCAGGAUGUGUCACAAGUUGAUGAUUUGCCAAAAGAGAAUGUUGAACAUUUUUCAUCAAAAGAGUUGAGCCUUAUUAAAGACGCUGCUGCAAAGAAAGCGCGAAAAUCUUCCUCAAGGUCGAAUCGUGAGGAAUCAAAAAGUGCAAAAACUGUGGAUAGGAAAAAAGAUAGACAUGAUUCUGUUCAUUCACACUCAGGAAAUAAAACUUCUAUUCCAGUGGCAUCUAAAUCUACAGUGUCACGAACUCAGUCGGAAUAUGUUCCUGGUAAAUAUUCAGCUUCACGUCGCCCUGCGACAACUGAAAGUGAUUCACGUAACAAGGGUAAAAUGAUUAAAACCAUUCCAGAAAAAGUAAUCGGGUCUGACCGUGUUAACAAAAGUGAUUCAAAACGUGAUCAUGACAAUAGUUUACGAGAUUCUGGAAUUUACUCACGACCCACGAGUGAUGCUGUGCUUGCAGAAGAUAUAAAAGCCCUUCAUGCAGCAACAAAGAUUCAGAGUUUCUGGCGAGGUUAUUACACUAGAGAGCAUAAUGUUGACGCGGUACGGGUGCGGCGGGAGAUUCGCGCUCGAAGGGCGGAGGAACAUAUUGUGGUGCUGCGUACAGAACUUGACAAACAGAGAAGAUUGUAUGAUCAAGAACGUCAGUUAAGAACAUUACAACUAGAAGCUAUCAGACAGUUAUGGAAAGAGGUGCAGUCAUUACAAAGUUGGAAGAGCGAGGUAUUACAGUCUCAGUCAUUUAUUUCCCCGGAGAUAAAACGUGAACAUGAUUGUAACUCGUACAACUCUAGUUUAGAAAUACAGAACACGUUAGCUCGUGCUGAAAUGAUACAUCGUAUGGGAGACACGAUGGCUACACAAUCUACAAUAGAUACAACCAAACAGCGGGAACUCGAGAAAACAUGUCUGAAUCUACAGUCACAGGUUAGCCAGCUGCAGGAAGCAUUGAAGUCUGUGUCUAGUAUAGUGUUACAGAGUACCGGAGGGUCAAUGCAGGGGUCAGUGCAUGGUUCCUUGCCAGUCACACCACGGUCAACUCAGUCCAUCUCAAGUUUAAACACAACUGGCAACACAAACAGAGAAUUUGAAGAGGAGGAUAUUUUGGUGACGGGAGAUUUUGAUGAGUUUGAGAUUACCGAUUAUGACUCGGGAUCUCAUUGGGGUACAGUGCCCCACUCCCUGUCCCCGUACCCCUCGGAGGAGGAGGAGACAUAUUUUAAAUCUGUGCCACAGCCAGGAUUUCCUACGCCACCUCGAGGUCUGAGGUUAGAGAAUCGAGGGCCGUCAGCCCUCGUAUUAAGAUGGCAGGCAUCAAAGAUACUGGACAGUGAGGGUAAAGAGACCAGUAAACCUUUGCUGGGUUAUCGUGUAUUUGUGAAUGACAAACCUAAAGCAAUGAUAGCUGGUACAAAACAGAAGGCAUUGAUUGAAGGAUUAGACCCUUCCCUUACAUACAAGAUCUAUGUGAAAGCAGUAUCAGAUCUUGGGGAGUCAAACAGUUCCGAUGUUGUCAUGGCUGCACUUGCCAAGGGGUCACGACGAAGGUCAUCAAGUAGCGAUAGUAACAGAUCAUACGACAGUGACCGCGAGUCAACAAGUAGUGAGCGGAGAACUCCUCAUAGAAAAGAUUCAAGGAAAAAUCGUAAAACUAAAUCGCCAAGGUCGUCAAAGCAGGAAAGAACAAGUUCUAGUCAUAGGUCAAAUGUAAGUACAACAGAAAGACCGCCUUCUAAAAUGGAAUUGGAGGCUGAAGGUAUAAUGACCCAGCCGAGGAUGCACAAACAUCGUAGAACUCCGAGUAAAGAUUACCAGAGCAGAGAUGACAAUUUGAAACCAAAGGAGACGCCACAAAGUCCUGUAAUGCGUUCACCAAAACACCAAGCCCAGGAAUCUCAGGGUUUUAGUUAUGAUAGCAGAAGUAAGGGUGAACAUGUAGCUGACUCGCAACAAAGUAUGUCAUCUACAUUUACAAUUGAUAGUCAAAAUUCUGUUAUUCUUGCCUUAAGUACUGGUGGGAAAUCUGUAGACAUUGAUAAUAGUGUUGAUACUAAAGAAGGUCAUGUGAAAGGUCAUCGUCGCAGACGUAGUCGUGAUAUGAAAAAUGAAAAGUUGGAGAGCAAAGGGGAUAUAUCUGACAGUGGGUCUUCUGUUUCAAGUGCAAUUAUUCUAAGUAGAAAUAUAGAUAGUGCUAAUGAUAAGAAUUACAGUGGGACAGAAAGUCCGUCAGUACGUAGUCGUAGAUCAAAAGACUCUUCAGCGAAAGAUACUUCAAAAGACGACAGUGACACUGGAAGUUUACAUAGAAGUGAUAGUACAAGUAAAAGAAAUAGUGCAAAGAUAAGUCCCACAGCAGGUAGCCAGGGUGUGCCUGUAAUUGAUGGGCGGAGACGUCAUGGGUCAGGAAGCAGACCGUCCAGUCCCGCCCAGGGAGAGGUGUCCGAAUCACGAUCUUCUGUAAAUGCAGCUGAUAGACGCAGAAUGCCAAUGGCAGACUUGCUAGAACAGAGAUUUUCUGGUCGUGUUGGUCAGAGUACUGGUAGUACUGCCUCGUCUACAGCAACAUUAACACAGAGUCAGGUAGACAGUAGUACAAGUGACCUACCACCUCAGAUUCCACGGAGAGAUGGUAAAUACUCAAGUCUUGAAAAUCUGUCAACCAAAUCUUCACACGAGUACAAGAGCAGUCCUACGGAGAGAUAUUCUCCCACCGGGUCAGAGAGAAGGCGUACUAGUUCAACAUGUUCGGAGAGUGAAAUACCGUCAAGUUCAUCUGCAGCACGCCAGCUUGAUAUGGACACCAAAAAUUCUAAUUCAAAUCCUGGAAAUACUGGCAUUGUAGCCAAAUUGUUACAAAAGUUACAGAACUUUUCCAAGUCACAAGAAGAAUCAUUACAAACAACAAAAUACAAGCGUAAAUCCGGGGAGACGAAAGAUCCGCCUCGUAAAACAAGUGGUGAUAGUGACAGUAGUGAAGUCAAUACUGGACAGGGUACAAUACAGAGUGAUUCAUCUGGUGCACACUCAGACGAUAGUCAGCAAGUGACACGACCCUCGUAUAGAACACAUAGAAGAACUGCGUCUGAUCACCGAGGAGUACCUGUAAAGAUGUCAGACCAGCCAUCGUCAUCAUCACAUCGUCAGGAUCACAGUCCAGUUAUUAUGGACUCUAGUAAAACAUCGCCCGCCCCUUCAUCAUCCACCAAUAUUAAACGUCACGCAUCAUUCCACGGCAUCUUACCAUCAAAGAAAGAAGACCUUGUACGCAGCGGAUCAACUGAAAAUCUUGCAGUUGAGAAAGUUUCUACCACAGUAACAGGAAAACAGCAAAAUAUUUUUUGGAUGUACAAAACAAGUGGGCAGUUAUACCACCAAGACUCGGAUAUCACAGUACCAACAACACCCACACGUCGACACAGGAACCGCUCUAGGUCACGUAGCCCCGGUCCAGCAUCACCACACGUGCCUAUCAUAUCUGCAGCACAGUUACAGAGAAACGCACGUGUACCCUCUACAGCAACUUAAAGUUACUUGAUGAAAUCAGUCAAAAGAAACAUUUAUAGAAAAUGGCAUUCCUGACUUAUUAAUAAGUUAGCAUACUUAUAAAUACUCAUUAGUUAAAGUGAUUUAGCUUUCAUGCUUGAGUAAUUCAUAGAGACUUUUAAGGAAUUGUGUAUAGUUUGAAUGAACCCCAGAACUUAAAGGCUUGCAUAUUUGUAUUGUUUCAAUUAUUACGCUAACUCUUAAGAUUAAAGUAUAGAAUUAUGUGAUCUUAGAUGAUAAUUAUGUUCUCUACAGUUGCUGGAAUUUAAUAAAGUUGUGGUGAUCUUGAAUUAAGGUCAAUUAUAAAAGCUGCGUAAAAUGAAGUUUUUAUUUUUGCCAUUUGCUAAAAUCAAGAUGGCAAUGAGAUAACUAAAAUAAACAUUGGUUGUCACUAUCUCUUAUGUUCUUUCCAAUAUAAAACAGGUGUGCCAAUAAGCAUUUCAUAUGGACAGAAAUUAUUGCAUUUAUUUUUUGUGUUCGAUUUUUCUGCUUUAAAGCUUCUUACUGGUGUUGUUAUGGUAUCAUAUUAUGUGUAAGCUUCGCUGCAUUUUCAUUUUAUUUCGUUCAUUUUGUGUAAUUAUUUUGUACUGUAAGCAUUUAGUUGUAUUCAACCUGUUCAUUGAACAUUUAGUUGUACCAACCUGUUCAUGUAACAUUUAGUUGUAUUCAACCUGUUGAUAUAACAUUUAGCUGUAUUCAACCUGUCAACUAAGUAUGUGAUAUAUAAGAUUCUGUGAUAGGGUGAAGACCACGUGAUGUCUGCAGGAAGACUCGUUAAUGCCGUCCAGGAUUUUGAGAAUUAUUAAAAUUACAGAAGAGUGUUAUUGUCUCGUCCCCUCCUACAUGUUUAUCUAAAUAGUACAAAAAUAUACAUGGAGAGAAAGAAAAUUAAAGUUGUGAAUUAAAUACAAUAUAUGCCCUGAAUUAAGCUUUCGUACAUUUUUUUUCCUUGACUGUAGACAUUGUAUAUAUAGCAGAUGAUCAAGAUAAACAUGUUAUUGUUUUAAAAUAAUAUGAUACUGUAAUAUGGAUAUGUUAUUACAUAUACAUUAACAGCAGAAGUGAUUUAUUACUCAAAUCAGCAUGAAAUGUUAUA